AUGGCUGAUUUACAACAAUUAAAAAAUUUAAAACUUGAUUAUGAAGAUACUAUUGCUAUUGUUCAAUUCAAUCAAGAAAAUUCGAAAGUUAAUACAUUAUCACGAGAAAUGACGAAUGAAUUUGUUUCAGUAUUUAAUCAUUUAAAAAAUGAUGAUAAUAUUAAAGGAAUUAUUGUUAUAUCAGCUAAACCUGGUUCAUUUAUUGCUGGAGCUGACAUUAAUAUGAUUGAAUCCGUUAAAUCUCGUGACGAACUUUAUCAAAUGUCCCGCAAUGGUCAAGAAAUUAUGAAUCAAAUUGAACAAUCAUCAAAACCAAUUGUUGCAGCUAUUGCUGGAUCAUGUCUUGGUGGUGGAUUUGAAGUUGCUUUAGCAUGUCAUUAUCGAAUUGCGAUGAAUGAUAAACGAACCGGAUUUGGCGUACCAGAAGUUAAAUUAGGAUUAUUACCAGGUGCUGGUGGUACACAAAGACUUUUAAAAAAUCUUUCAUUAUCAGAUGCAUUAGAUCUUAUAUUAACGGGUAAAGAAAUUAAAGCAAAAAAAGCCAAAGAAAUGGGUUUAGUUGAUAUUGUUAUUGAACCUAUCCAAUCGGAUGUUCAAGAUAUUGAAGAACAAAAUAUUGAAUAUUUACGUUCGAUUGCUAUACAAAAAGUCAAAGAACUUGUUGUACAAAAACCUUCAAAGCGAAAACCUGGACUAAUGGAAAAUAUAAAAUCAACAAUAAUGUUAAAUUCUUAUGUACGAAAUUAUAUUUUAUCUCAAGCUCAAGCAAAAGUUAUGUCACAAACACAAGGUCUUUAUCCAGCACCGUUGAAAAUUUUGGAUGUUAUUCAACAAACUUUAGAAAAUGGUUCAAAAGUUGGAUUUUAUGCUGAAGCAGAAGCUUUUGCAGAUCUCUGUAUAACCAAUGAAUCAAAAGCAUUAAUUAGUCUAUUUCAUGGACGUACUGAAUGUAAAAAAAAUAAAUAUGGAAAAUCCGAAAAAGAAGUCAAAAUGAUUGCCGUUAUGGGUGCUGGUAUCAUCGGUGCAGGUAUUGCACAUGUAUCUAUCGAUAAAGAUUUUCAAGUUAUACUUUAUGAUACAACAUCAACUGCACUUCAUCUUGGCCAAUCACAAAUAAUUAAGAGUUAUCAACAUUAUAUUAAACGGAAUCGAAUAACAAAUACUGAAUAUAAUCGAAUAUUAACGAAUUUAAAUUGUCAAACAACAUUUGAUAAUCUUGAUAAAUGUGAUAUUAUAAUAGAAACUGUAUUUGAAGAUCUUAAAUUAAAACAAAAUAUUCUUAAUGAACUUGAACAAUACAUUCCAGAACAUUGUAUAUUUGCAUCUAAUACAUAUAUACUAUCUAUUCAUCAAAUAGCUGCACAUAGUCGACGCCCACAUCAAGUUAUUGGUAUGCAUUAUUUUUCUCCAGUUGAUAAAAUUGAAUUAUUAGAAAUAAUUCGAGCUAAACAAACAUCUGAUAAUACAGUUUGUACAGCAGUUAAUGUUGGACUUAAACAAGGAAAAAUUAUUAUUGUAGUUAAUGAUAGUCCAGGAUUUUAUACAACACGUUUAUUAAUAUUUUCUUUUAUUGAAAUAUUUUAUCUAUUACAAGAAGGUUUAUCACCGAAUGAUAUUGAUAAAGCAACAAAAAAAUUUGGUUUUCAUAUUGGUUUAGCAAUAUUAUUAGAUGAAUUUGGUAUUGAUAUAAUUACACAUGUAGUAUAUCAUCUGAAGAACAUAUUUGGUGAACGUCUUGCAAAUUCGUCUGUAAUAGAAUUACUUCAAAUAUUUGUUAGAAAUAAUUUACUUGGAAAAAAAUCUGGACAAGGUUUAUAUAUUUAUUCUAAUGAUGGUAAGAAGAAGAUUAAUCCGAAAUGUAAAGAAUUACUUAAACAUCCUUUGACACAAACUCAUGACAUACCAAGAAUAGAAACUAUUCAAUGGCGUAUAAGUCUUCGAAUUUUAAAUGAAGCUGCAAGAUGUCUUGAAGAAAAUGUUAUUAAUUCUCCAACAGAUGGUGAUAUAGGUGCUGUGUUCGGUCUUGGCUUUCCUCCAAUGAAAGGAGGUACAUUUCGUUUUAUGGAUACUUAUGGCAUUUCUAACAUAGUUGAUUUAAUGUAUAAUUAUCAAUUAGAAUAUGGUGAUCGUUUUUCUCCAACACAAUUAUUAAUAGAUAUGGUCAAAGAUAAUAAAAAUUUUUAUUCAUAA